GGCUGGUUAGCUCAUGGAAGAAGCGUUUGGGCAGUCGCUUUCCAUCUUGUUCGCAAUACCCUUUAGUUUAUUUGUGCCUUUGGAGCUUCGUCGGGAUUCUUUUUACGGUUCCGUGUCACACUAGCAUUCUACUCGAGUCAUGGCUUCACACAUGGGCGACGGUGCCAAAGAAGAAUUCCUCAGAGAUUUUGGUGAACAUUACGGCUAUCCUAACGGCCCCAAAUCCAUUGAUCAAAUUCGAGCUACUGAAUUCAAGAGAUUACAAGUUCAAGAUCUUGUCUACUUGGACCAUGCUGGGGCAACUCUAUACUCUGACCUGCAAAUGGAAUCAGUUUUCAACGAUCUCACUAAUAACGUAUAUGGAAAUCCUCAUAGCCAAAGUGACUCCAGUUCUGCAACUCUUGACAUUGUGAAGAAUGCCCGUCUCCAGGUCCUUGACUACUGCAAAGCAUCACCUAAGGAAUACAAAUGUAUAUUUACCUCUGGGGCAACAGCAGCGCUGAAGCUGGUUGGAGAGGCUUUUCCGUGGAAUUAUAGCAGUAGUUUUAUGUAUACAAUGGAGAAUCAUAAUAGCGUUCUUGGGAUAAGAGAAUAUGCUCUUGAUCAUGGAGCACAGGCCAUUGCAGUAGAUAUUGACGAAGAUAUACAUCCUGGAAUGACAGGAGAAACACUUUCUACAAAGAUGUCACUGCACCAGGUUCAAAGGAGAAAUGUCGCUGAAUCACCAGAAGGAGAGCCAACAGGUGAUGUGUAUAAUUUGUUUGCCUUUCCCUCAGAGUGCAAUUUCUCUGGAUUAAGAUUUGGUCUAGACUUGGUGAACAUUAUCAAGGAAGACUCAAGCAAUAUUUUGGGAAUUUCUUCAGUUUGCAAAAAUGGGCAAUGGAUGGUCUUAAUUGAUGCUGCCAAGGGAUGUGCUACCAUGCCACCUGAUUUAUCUAAGUAUCCUGCUGAUUUUGUUGCUGUCUCAUUUUACAAGCUUUUUGGCUAUCCAACUGGGCUUGGAGCUCUCAUUGUUCGAAAUGAUGCUGCCACACUACUGAAGAAGACUUACUUUAGUGGAGGAACGGUUAGCGCAUCCAUUGCUGAUAUUGAUUUUGUUAAAAGAAGGGAAGGCAUCGAGGAAAUGUUUGAGGAUGGAACUGUUUCAUUCUUGAGCAUAGUAUCUAUCCGCCAUGGCUUCAAAAUCCUGUCUUCUCUUACUGUAUCAGCAAUAUCAAGACAUGUAGCAUCUCUUGCCUUGUAUACAAGGAAAAUGCUUUUGGCCAUGAGGCAUGGCAAUGGAUCUAGUGUUUGCAUCCUCUACGGACAUCAUAAUUCAAAGAAAUUGCAUCAUGAAAUGGGACCAAUAAUUUCAUUCAACUUGAAACGGCCGGAUGGCUCUUGGUAUGGAUAUCGUGAAGUGGAAAAGCUGGCGUCACUUUCAACAAUUCAGCUAAGGACAGGAUGCUUCUGCAAUCCAGGUGCAUGUGCAAAAUACCUUGGCUUGACUCAUUUGGAUCUUAUUUCAAAUACUGAGGCUGGCCACGUUUGUUGGGAUGAUCAUGAUAUAAUCAAUGGUAAACCUGUUGGUGCUGUAAGAGUAUCCUUUGGCUACAUGUCAACAUAUGAGGAUGCCAAGAAAUUUGUUGAUUUUGUUGCAAGUUCCUUUGUGUCACCUCAAAAUCACAUUGACCAUGGAAAUCAAAUGAAAGGUGUAGACAAUGGUUUUGUGGAUACUGGUUAUUAUCUCAAAUCAAUUACAAUAUAUCCAAUAAAAUCUUGCGGAGGUUUCAGUGCAAGGAGUUGGCCUCUUAGCAGCAAUGGCCUCACCUAUGAUCGCCAGUGGAUUCUUAAAAGCCCAACUGGUGAAAUACUUACCCAAAAAAAGGUUCCUGAAAUGGGCUUUGUAAGCACCUUAAUAGACCUUAGUCAGGGAAUUUUGUUUGUAGAAUCUCCACGUUGCAAAGAAAGGCUACAAAUUACACUUGAGUCAAAUGUUUAUGAGGACGCUAUAGAGGAUAUUGAAUUAUAUGGUCAGAGGUACGAGGUAUAUAGUUAUGACAAUGAGACCAAUGCAUGGUUUAGCGAAGCCAUUGGUAGAACUUGCUCUUUGUUAAGGUAUUCUAGUUUCAAUCAAGAUUUUAUGUUAAAAAAAAUCAAAGGUGCAGCCACAUGUAGAGAUAUGAAGAACAAACUUAAUUUUGCCAAUGAAGCACAGUUCUUACUUGUCUCUGAAGAAAGUGUGUGCGAUCUAAACAGAAGAUUAAGCUCAGAUGUACAGAAGGGCAUAUCUGGAAAAGCAAUGGUGCAAGUUAGUGCAAGUAGGUUUCGUCCCAAUCUUGUGGUAUCUGGAGGUAGGCCUUAUGCUGAAGAUGGAUGGAGAUACAUUAGGAUUGGAAAUAAGCAUUUCAGUUCGCUAGGGGGAUGCAAUCGAUGCCAGAUAAUCAACCUUGCACUAAAUUCGGGACAAGUGCAAAAGUCAAACGAACCUCUGGCAACUUUAGCAUCCUACAGGAGGGUAAAGGGAAAGAUUUUGUUUGGCAUAUUACUGAAACAUGCUACUAUUGAUGGAGAGCAGCAACAAGGUGCUGAUUCCUGGCUUCAUGUGGGGCAAGAUAUACAUCCGGAUUAAAACACAAAUACCUGCAAAAUCAUCUACUCAAACUCAAAAGCUUUAGUUCAUGUGUCUGUAUGUGAGAAUGAACAUUGUAAGAAAAACUCAUAUUCGCAAUGCUGUCUAUUGAAAACUGAAAAUAAAAA